AAUUUCCUAAUGGGGCAUUCCUCAUCUUUCCGUUUCUUAGGGGAAAGUUCCUUUGUCCACUUCCCAUUCUCCACCUUUUAGCCACUUACAUUUUCAUAAUCCCUCUUAAUAAACAAAGUCAGGAAGCCGUCGUACUGGCACAAGAUUCCAACCUCACUUGGAUCUCUCCCACCUUCUUUUCUUGAUUCCAUGGUACCUUCAAUUUUAUUUCUUCUUCCUUUUUCCUUUUUUUGGAAAUAAAUUUCUCCUUUUCUUUUUAUAGUUCCUAUCAUAGGCCAAUUAGCUAUUACCAUUUCCCUGCUUUUAUUCGUUAAUCGAUCUGUUUUGAUUUUUGCGUCUUCUCCAUCUCUAUCUAGUUUAAAAUUCGAGGUCAGUACUUACUGAUCUGUUUCAGAUGAGAAAGAAUUACUCUAUUUAGAAUUUUAGAGACUCAUCUGCAUGUACGUAUUUCUAUCAAACAACUGUUUGUUGUAAGGCAUUAAAGAUAUCGGCCAAAACCAGAGUACACAUUUGAUGAAAUCAGCCAAGUUGUUCACUGACAUGUCAGACGCUAGAAAAAGAAAAUGAGAGAGAUCAGAGUGCAGUACAGAUUGCAGAGAUAUUUACAGGACGGAUCGAGGAUUUAUUGUCAUUUAACAGAGUCGAUCUGCCCUACAAUGAAGUUACCUGCACGAUUGUUCACUGUCUUCCUCGUCUUCCUCUUCCUGAUCGUCGGAGCGUUCGUUUCCACGCGCCUCCUCGACUCUACUGUUCUGACCGGUGGCUCGGCUCCAGAGCCGUUGUUAAAGCGUACAAUCUCACCGGAAAUUCCCAAAAAGCCCUCAAAUGUAGUCGAGAUCCCACUCCACUGCGCUGCUUUCAACCGCACACGAAGAUGUCCCGCAAAUUAUCCUGUGACCUUUCCAGAAAAUCUGGACCGUCGAUCUCUUUCAACAUGUCCGGAAUACUUCCGUUGGAUUUACGAAGACUUGAGUCCUUGGGCUCGCACUGGGAUUACGAGGGACAUGCUCGAGAGAGCCAGAAGAACAGCGAAUUUUAGAUUGGUUAUCCUGAAAGGCAAAGUUUAUAUAGAGAGAUAUCAAAAAGCGUUUCAGACUAGGGAUGUUUUUACGCUGUGGGGGAUUAUACAGCUGUUACGGAGGUACCCGGGGAAAGUUCCCGAUUUGGAGCUGAUGUUUGAUUGCGUUGACUGGCCAGUUAUCAAAUCAAGCGACUAUAGUGGGCCCAAUGCAACGGCCCCACCACCUUUGUUUCGGUACUGUGGAGAUGAUGACACAUUUGACAUUGUUUUUCCGGAUUGGUCGUUUUGGGGAUGGCCUGAGAUAAAUAUAAAGCCAUGGGAGCGUUUGUUGAAUGACCUAAAAGAAGGGAAUAAGAAGACCAGGUGGAUGGAAAGGGAACCUUAUGCCUACUGGAAAGGAAAUCCUGCAGUUGCUGCAUCCAGACAGGAUCUUAUGAAAUGUAAUGUCUCUGAACAACAAGACUGGAAUGCUCGUGUGUAUGCCCAGGACUGGAUUAAAGAAUCACAGGAAGGAUACAAGCAAUCAGACUUGGCAAGCCAAUGUACUCACAGGUAUAAGAUAUAUAUUGAAGGGUCCGCAUGGUCAGUCAGCGACAAAUACAUUCUUGCUUGUGAUUCUCUUACUUUACUUGUGAAACCCCAUUACUACGACUUCUUCACGAGAAGUUUGAAUCCAAUUGAUCACUACUGGCCUAUAAAGGAUGAUGACAAGUGCAGGUCUAUUAAGUUUGCAGUUGACUGGGGUAACAGCCACAAGCGGAAGGCGCAGGAGAUUGGAAAAGCAGCUAGUAAAUUUAUUCAGGAAGAAUUGAAAAUGGACUAUGUAUACGACUACAUGUUUCAUCUCUUAAAUCAGUAUGCUAAGCUCUUGACAUUCAAACCCGUUAGACCUCCAAAAGCGAUUGAAUUGUGCUCAGAAUCCAUGGCUUGCCCAUUCAAUGGAGUAGGGAAGGAGUUCAUGAUAGAAUCCUUGGUAAAGAGUCCUGAAGAAACAAGUCCAUGCACCAUUCUCCCUCCUCAUGAUCCUGCAUCUCUUAGUGCAAUUUUUAGGAGAAAAGAGAAUUCAAUCAAACAAGUGGAGUCAUGGGAAAGAAAGUACUGGGAUAAUCAAAAGAUGCAGUCUUAAAAAGGAAUAUGAGUGAGUUUUUGUUUGAUCUUUUCCACUGUAUUCAGUUAUAUAUUUAUAUAGUCAUCAGUACCAUAUAAUAUAUAUAUAUAUAUAUAUAGUUGACGUCA